AUGUCUCAUCUGCGAGCCAAAAUCGCUGCGAGCCCUCCUCCUCCCAGGUUCUCAAAAAUGGUUUUGGAAACGCACGCGAUUUGUCCCACCCGACUCACAACGUCGAUGCAUCGCCAACGAGCAAGCAUGGGCUGCCGCCACAGCGCCCCCGUCGACCCCAUCGAUGCCCCAACCGACGCGGUUCGGCCUAAGCUCCUCCCCGCGUCGCGGCACGGAUCGGUGAUACCGACGGCGCGAGAUCCGCUCGCGGCGAUCGGUCAACAGUUGAAGCUUCCGAGACGGUCGUCGCGGAGCAGCGUCGGGCGGCUCGGGCGGCCCGCCGGCGCGCCGCAGAGCAGGGUGGAGUUCGACGCCGCGCUGACCGCUAAGCUCGAGCGACUCGCGCUCUCGCGGGGGACCGAGGGUUCGGGCGAGGCGGACGCGUCCGAAGCUGUCGUGGAGGAGGCGACACCCGACCGCGGCGUCAAAAGUCAACAAAACGCGCAUCCGCGCCGCGGGGUCGUCGGCGUCGCGACGGAUCGCGACGCCGUCGCGGACUGGGCGCGUCGCGCGGACGCCUACCUCGAAUCACGUUCGGGCGGCGCGGUCGUCGAGGGAUACGGCCGAACGCGGCUCAACGCCGGGGAGACCGGCUGGGUCCCCGCGGGAGGAUGGGCGGGCGAGCAGCAGGAGCAGCAGCAGCAACAGGAGCAGGAGCGACGGCGGCUGCAGGAGGAGCAGCGGCGGCGCCUCCGCAACAAACCACCGAUAACCACCGACGUGCCGUUCAGUCGAACGCGGACGCGCGCCGCCUCCCUCGGACGCCGCGACCCGAUCGAGCCCGUCCCGGUGUCGAGGCGAGCCGCGACGCGCGAGUCUCGCGUCUCCUCAUCCUCCGCAUCCGCCUCCACAGCUGCGCCGACGUACUCGAAGCCGACGAUUGCGUCGAGGCACGCGGCGGCGUCCGAUUCCGACCCCAUCGUCGUCACGAAACACUUCGUGUGGGACCCCGAACGCGGGCUGAGACGCAGGGGCCCCGAGUGCGGCGUAACGCACGGAGUAACGCCAACGGGAGUGACGUCUUCUUCCAACUCCCGAACGUCGACGCCGCCGACGCCGCCGACGAUUGCGCCGACGAAGCUUCGCGCGGAUUCGCCCCGCCGGGUGGUCGCGCCGAUGAGCGCGAAGAUGCUGUGCCUGCGCGCCAAGCUGAGCGCGCUGAGGAUACCCGGGGAGGAGACGGAACGGCGCGUAUUGACGCACGCCAAGAGGAACGGCGCGGCGACGCAGCACAGGCUCCGGCCCAGCUCGCAUCUGUAUCCGACGUAUUGA